AUGUGCUUCUCGGACCGGUCACAGAAGAAGUCCGAGACCCCCUUGGCACCAGCACCAGCACCAGCGCCAACACCGGUGCCAGUGCCAGUGCCAGUACCAACGCCAACAAAGCAGGUCCCUGUUGCAUACCGGAUAGACCGCGGCCGAGACGAGUUCGAUCCAAGUCCAUACCAUAUCCGAACGCGGUCCAGCAUCCAGCGCCAUCUGGACGCUUCCCCUCCACCGACUGAGAAGAGUCAGAGGAAAAACAACAAGCGGUUUCCAAAGAAAUACAGAGACGAUGGACAGAUCAAUCCCAAGCUUUUCAAGCAGGGGAGCUACUAUGAGUAUCCGACGAUGUCGUGGCCUUACAAUAGCCAGAAUGCAAAGGGCCAAGGAUAUCGCAUGGUCAAUGGUGUGCGAGACGAAGUGGAGGUUGGCUUUACCCGGACUAUCACCGACAGGAACAAGAAUAUCCAGGGUGUCAUCUAUCAUCCCAAGUGGAGCAGGAGAGGGUUUGUGCGCGCGGAGACGAUGUAUUCUGCGGGGGCUGUUUGA